AUGGCUCCAAUUGGGCUCAAGAAGCGCAGCCGCAUCGUUCAGUUCGUUUUCGAAAUGUUGCUUCUGCUGCCAUCGGAAACCCAUCGCCGGACCGACUUUGUCAAUGGACCGACGGCUACGGUAACAGAUCUGCCCGUAUCGAUGAACGAGUGGCAGAACGGUGGAACCAUGGUGGUUGCCAUGGGAACAUCAUUGAAGCCCGAAGAAAACCGAUCUCAAGGCGAUCUGUGGCAGCGGAACACGACAAAUGAAACGUCGUCGUCGGCAAUGAGUGAAGAGUACCGAAAUCAGAGGUGUGACGAAACGACUAGCGCGCGGAUCGUUGGUGGCCAGAAUGCGCGGUUCGGAGACGCCCCGUUCGUGGUGUCGCUGCGGAACCUGCCGCACGAGCGGCGCUACGGUUUCGGAUCGGGUCUGUUCUGCGGUGGAUCACUGAUUAACACCCGCCUGGUGCUGACCGCAGCCCAUUGCCUGGCCACGAGGAAACCCGCCGAUGUGGGCGUUGUGGCCGGGGUGCUGAACCGCUACGAUCGAUCGGGGCAGCGGAUGCAGUUCCGGCAGGUGUACAGCGUGCUGCUGCACCCGGACUGGAAUCCGAAAACCUUUCAGGCCGAUAUUGGUUUGGUGGCCGUUCGAAGUUCGUUCGUGUUUGCGGUGGCGGUCGUGAAAAAUGUCCGUGCCAUUGGACUGCCCUCGAGCGAGCCACAAGAAGGCCAGCGCUGCACCAUCUAUGGCUGGGGCCGAACGGAAGACGCCAAUAAGCGCUCUGGGGCGGUCUGCUUGCAGAAGGCGGAUGUGACCGUGCUGGACCUGGACCGCUGUAACCGGUCCGUUAGCCCGCUCAUAACCGUCCCGGAUGGCGCACUUUGUGCCGGCAGUUUCGAUGGGCUCGUCGACUCCUGCCAAGGCGACUCGGGUGGGCCCCUGGUGUGCAAUAUGGCGGUCACCGGCAUCGUCAGCUUCGGGUGGCACUGCGGGCUACGCCAUUUUCCCGGCGUGUACACCGACGUGUUCCGGUACCGCCAGUGGGUCGAGGAGUCCACCGACACGGACCCGAAAACAUGGUUCGCGGCCGCCACAAGGCUCCAGGCGUACAGUUGGCUGGCCACCGGUGCUGCAUUAAUCAUCUGUUUCGCCCACUCGGCGACGUUCCGUGCCAAUCAUCUUUAG